UAAGCUUCAAGAACUAACAAAAAUUAAGUGAUUAUAUUUGCCGGAAUUCACCAGAAGCUGAAUCCCAUAAAUUUCUCGGAAACAAACCAAACAUGUCCUUAGCAUCAUCAUCUUCAAAUUCUCAUCAAACCUUCCUUACCAACGCUUUCACAUUCACUCACAAACCCAGAGCUAAGCUUCCCAGCUCCCCUGCCUUCAUUUCCUUCAAGUUUCAGUCAGAUGACCACGAAGAUUCCUCCUGGUACUGCUUCGUUUCCAUGGGGAGAAAUGAGAAACAGUUAGCAAAGCUAGCAAUAGUGACAUUGGCUGCUGGAGUGUUGACUCUCGGCUCGGUGGACGACGCGUCUGCUGCCAAAACCGGCGGUCGAGUUGGUGGUCAAGCGUUCCGGUCAUCGGCUCCUCGCUCAGCACCGAGAGCCAAAAGCAAUUCUAGGACCAACAUUUACAUUAAUCCACCGGUUGCCCCACCUCUAGUCGGAGGCUAUGGAUACGGUUACGGUGUUCCGUUCUAUGGCGGAUGGGGCUGGUCACCAUUCUCCUUCUUUGCUCCUGGCCCUAGUGUUGCAGUCGGCGUCGGAGGCGGAUUCGAUACACUCCUAUUCUUUUUGUUUCUGGGUGCUUUUGCAGCUGUUGCAAGGAAAUUUUUCGGAUCAAGAAAUGAAGAUGAUGAUGAAUAUUAGUGGAAAUAGUUUGAA